ACAAUCAGGGAUGUCAUGAGUAAACUGAAUGAAAUUUGUGUAUCCACAUCUGACAGUGUGAAACCAGAUACUCCACUUUUGUUUUCUGGACUGGUUAGACUGAUGAAGGCUUUAGAAAGUGAUGAUCUGGAACAGAUUUACAGAAAGGUGAAAGGAACCAGGUUCUGUGCAUCGAAUCAAAAGAGAGUUGAAAAAUUCUUCCUUGAUGCCGUUCCAAUGCUUGGAACAAAAGCUUCACUGAGACUGAUUACUAACUUGAUUAACAAGAAAGAAGUUCGUGGAAUCGAAGCAAAUAUGUGGCUAACAACUUUAUCAUUCAUCAAAGACCCGACAAAAGAAAUGCUGAAUGAAGUCAAACCACUCAUAUCAUCUGAGGACAAUGAAGAGGCUAUGCUGGGUGUUUCUUCACUCGUAUAUGCCUACUGCAAGACAAAUGAAUGUGAAAAUGAUGUGGACAUCGCAAGUAUUGUUGCUUCUAUAGAAGAGAAGAUUGGUGUUGGAUGUUACGUAGACAAAAACAAUCUUGGCAAGGUGAUCCGUAGUCUUAGAUCACUUGGAAAUGCUGGAUUCGUUAGUAAUUCCAUUAGAACCAUCUCAAACUGUAUGACCAAGAGAGAGAAUCCCACUGAAGUCCGCCUUUCUGCUAUACAAGCCUUCCGUCGUAUGCCAUGCACAAUAAGCCGAGACGACGUCAUGGAAAUCUUCAGGAACAAAGACGAGGAUUCCGAAUUGAGAAUUGCUUCUUACCAGGCUCUUAUGACAUGCCCUUCAGAUAAUGUCCUGUCUCGUGUUAGAAAUGUACUUGAAUCAGAAGAGGUCAACCAAGUUGGUUCUUAUGUAUGGUCUCAUUUAACAAAUUUAAUGGAGACUUCAAGCCCACUGAAACAGGAAAUAAAGAAUAUCAUCAACGACCAGGCGCUGAAAAAAGAAUUCGAUCUUGAAAAACUGAAAUAUUCCAGAAACUACGAAGGCUCCUUUUUCCUUGAGAAACUAAAUACUGGAGCUUCUAUUGACAGCAAUGUUGUGUGGUCUUCAAAAUCUUUUUUACCAAGAUCUGCCAUGACUAACAUAACAUUCGACCUUUUUGGACAUUCCGUCAACCUGUUAGAAAUCGGUGGACGAAUGGAGGGCCUUGAAUAUUUUCUUGAAUCUUACUUUGGACCUAACGGAUACUUCCAGGAAAAUGAUGUCAAAGAAGUCACAAAACAGAACAUAAAAGGAAUCAGUAAUACAAAAAUGGAAGACAUUGACAGACAGUUUGAAACAGAAUCUGACUUAUUAAAAGGAGAUCUGUACAUGAGAGUUUUUGGAAAUGAGCUACUGUUUACAAGAUUCACCGGACUAAGUGAUAUCACUGAUGGUAAAUCAAUAAAUAUUCUGGACAUUCUUACGGCUCUUGCCAAGAAACAAGAAUACUCCUUCACACAGAGCUACGUAUUCUUGGAUAGCAGUAUCAUCAUUCCAACAAUGGCUGGCUUCCCAUUAAAUUUGACCAUUGAUGGAUCAGCUACCGUUGAUCUACGUGCCUCUGGCAAAAUGGAUUUGACAAAAAUAACAGACAGAUCACCAAGUCUUUCUUUGGAUGGAUAUAUGAAACCAAGUGGCGCUGUCCAGAUCAACAGUAUGAUGAGCGUAGAUGCCUUUGUAACAAAAAGUGGAAUGAAGAUGGUUUCCACUAUGCAUUCCUCCUCUUCCCUCGAAGGACACGUAGAACUGAAAAAUGGAAAAGUACUAAGUGCACAGAUCAAAACACCAUUUGAUAAAAUGGAAGUUUUCAAUGUCAAGACUGCUUUCUUCACUGUCCAUCGUGAAUCCGAGAGAGAACAGAAAAUGAUUACUGCUAACAGACAGACUAAGAAAGUAUGUUCUGGAGACAAACUUGCCAAGAUUACCGGACUGGAACUCUGUGCUGAACUUCAGUAUCCAAACGCAUCAUUGGUAGCCGAUGCUCCAUACUUUCCAAUGACAGGACCAGUUAGUGCUGGACUCACUCUUCUAAAACGUGACACACAUGAAAGUUACAACAUGGAAUACAAAUUUGUAAAGGAUAAACAAGAGGCCAGAGCUAGAGUAGCCUUUAGCACCCCAGGUUCUAAGGUAGACCGUGAAUUGAGUUUUGAUUGUCUUGUUCGAUCUGACCCUCUGCUUGAAAUAAGCAUGAUCUCACCAUGGAAGAGAGUUUCAGUUAGAGGAGCAUUAGUUGGUGACAAUCAACAGAAACAAGUGGCUGGCAGGAUUGUUAUCGACGACAAAGAUGAAUACUCUGUGACUGGAGAAUGGAUCAGAACAAGGAAAGGACAGCUUUAUACUUACAAUCCAUACAUUGAAAUCAUCAUACCAAAUAUGGAAAAUAUCAGACUCAGCAGUUCUGUAGAGUAUGUUGUCGGCAAAAGUUUCAAUGGUGAAUUGACCGUAAAGGGGCUAUCUAAGCAACCCAUUCAGUCAAAAGUAAACCUGAUUUCCAAGAAAGCAAUGUCUUCCAUAAAAACAUCCAUCUCCUUUGAACCUGGGAAGGAUUAUAGUUUUGAAAGCAGAUUGCAGAAUACACAAACAAAGAAAGCAACAAAGUUGAUGCCUUAUUUGUCCAUCCGUACACCAAAGGAGGAAGUCACAGCCCUUGGAGGAUCAAUGGAAUAUAAAAGUGGUUCUCUUAUUUUGGUGGACAUUACACUUGACAGGCUUUUGGAUAAAACCGUAAAAGUAUUUACAAAACUAACGAGAACUUUAAGGAAAUCAAACGCCAGGUAUCAGUCAAAAGUUGACAUCAGAACUCCACUUCUAAGAGCAAAAGGAACUUCAAAUAUUGUACUUCAGAAAACUGCUGUAAUUACCAGAGUUAAUCUAGAUUACGUUAUUCCAAGAAUCAGCAGGGACAAAAUAACAGUCAACAGUAAAAUCAAUUAUGGUUUCACCAAGAGUGUCUGGUCAUUGGCUGGCAAAGGAUCUUUAACUUUCAAGAAGAAUGCUGACUACAAUGUUGUUAUCAACACAGACAUGAACAACAAAGCAAGAUUGACAAAAGUGAACUUUGACCUUAGAUAUGGUGCAAAACCAAAGGAUGAAAACAAGCGUAUCUUUGUUACAUCAUUAGUACGUCACGAACUGGGAUGGAAGAAAUCUGAAUUAGAUAUAACUGGUGAUAUUAGACAUCUGGCUCUGGGAUUAGAUCUUAAACUGAAAGGAAAGCAUUCUCACAAUCCAAAGAGUAUUAAUUCUAAUUUUGGGUUAUCAUACGGCAAGAAGCAAUCAGUAUCUGCUGCAUUGGUAAUGAAGAACAAGUCCAAAAAAUUUACAUCCUUAACUGGGGAUGUAAGUCUGAAAUGGAAUGAUAAAGACUUUUCUAUUGCGAACAAUUUUGAACAGAAGAACAAAAGGAGAUAUACCAAUGAGUUGAUUUCAAACAUUGCUGGACACAAAACAAAAGUUGUAAGUGAUCUUAAACUUUCUGAUGAAGAGUAUGACGUCAGCUCUGAUAUAAGUAUGUCCGGACAGAAGCCAGUCCAUCUUGAAGCACUGCUCAACCUAGAUCCAAGAAACUUCCGUGUCAAAUCUCGACUAAAUAAUGACUAUUCGGUAGAAUUUGGUUCUCAAUACAAAAAAGCAGCACUUUUACGACUUUCUGGUGAUGUGUCUGUGCCUUCAAGAAAAGUCAAAGGUGAAUUUGAAGCAAAGAAGAAGGGACCGAUCUAUGUUGGACAUUUGGACAUUCAAUGGGAUGCGAAUGCAGACAAGGACAAACACAUAUUUGUUGACACUCAACUCACAUACAACAACAUUCAAGAUAUUGAUGCAAGCCUUGUAUUCCAAAGUCCACUGCAAAAUAACAAAAUCAACAUAAAUCGCAAAAACGAAAAUGCACAUUUUGACAUAAAAUCUGACGGAAAAGAGCAACUAUCUGUUGACGCAUCUUUGAAACAGAAAAAUGGUAACGAUCAAGUCAAAAUCGAUGGCAGCUUAACAGUACAUACUGCAGCAAAAGGAUUAAGAUAUGUUAAACUUGGCAUGAACCAUUUGUCAGACCCAAGCGAAUAUAAAACAAACUUUGAUGUCAACUGGAAACCAGAUAACCAAAUAUCGGCUGCCUUUUCCCUGAAAAAACCAGUGAGCAUUCGUCAAUUACAAGGAUCUUUAAACAUCAAGACACCAUUUAAUAAAUUUGAAACCUCGUCCCUAGAAAUUUCCCAUGAUGCUAAAGACUCCUUGAAGUCUCUUGUAACUGUUCAGGUAAACAAGAAUUUUAUACGGGUUGAUGCAUCUGCAAAGAAAGAAAACAACAUAUACUUGGGACAUGCUGGUGUCAAAUCUAACUUUCGAUCCAUCCAAACCGUAUCUUUAGAUCUUAGUCAUCAAAGUAAGGAUACAACUAACGAAAACAGCCUAGUUCUUAAUAUUAAUGGAAAUGAAUACAAAUACAAAGGUAAACUCACACAUGAUAGAGCCGGUCUUAUGAUUCAGCAGAGCGGUAAAAUAGCUCUUUCCUCACCAACAAGCCAAUACGAUUCUACAUGGCAACACAGUAAUACACUCAAUGAUAUCACAACAGUGAUCACAACCAACAUUAAUGGAGAGCAUUAUGGUUUUAACAUUAAGGGCAGACAUAAUAUUGCAUGGAAAGAAGCAUCCGUUCAGUAUACAUUGACUUCCACAACUCCAUUUGGAAAAGGACAACUUAUGGUUAGUCAUUUGCAUAGAGACAGUUCCAUGGACACCAUUCUCUCGAUGAGCCACAAUAGCAAAAACCUUUUUACAAGUGAAGGUCAUCUUAAAACUGAAAAUGGUGAACUUAUUGCUACCGGGAAUCUCUUACUGAAAGGCGAACAAAUGGUUGCAAUAGAAGGACGAUUGAAAACCGGAUCUCAGAAAUAUGUUUUGGUUACAUUAUCUACACCAUUUGAAUCAUUUAGAAGACUUAGAACAGAGAUGGAAUUUAAAGGAAAUGCGAAGGCAAUGACCUCCGCUGUCAGCUUUGAACUACAACCAAUUGUAAGAAGAAUUCAACUCAAGUCUACAUUUAACAGAAUUGGUGGUGUGUCUGGUAAUGUAAGACUCGAAACUCAAUACCCACAACUUCCAGCCAGUGAAAUAACCUUCUCAAACCGCCCUGAGAAUGACAAAUCGAGAACCGAUAUCAAGGUUGAAUACUUACCAGGAAAAAUCGUAUCAUUGACAUCAAGAACCCUUUUAGAUGGACAAAGGCUAAGUGCUGAUGUCAGUAUUGCAACUCCUUUUGAAAAGUUACAACGUUUAACAGCCGGUAUAACACACGAACCUACCGUCAAAGGAUGCAUUACGAAAGUUGAGAUGGAGUAUCCAGAGGGAAAAUCUUACUAUGUCGAGCUUGCUGUUGAAUACAACAAAAACUACCAAGCUGCAGUCACAAUACGUCUUCCUAAUUACCAUCCAGUAACCGCUACCUUGAGCCACAAAGGUACAUGGAAUCAAUUCUUAUCUGGGGCUUACUUACAGUAUGACAAAAAUGGCAAACAUCAACUUGAUAUCAGUUACCAUAAUGGAAAGAGUCUCCAAGGUUCCUUCACUAUGAAGUCAUCUCUUGUUGAAGAUACCAUUGCUUCCUUCUCUCACAGUGGAAAUAGAAAAAGCAUUAAUUCUAACAUUCUCAUAAAAUACGGAAAGAAUAAGCCAAUAAAUGUAGACAUAGAAAUGACAAAUGCUAAAAGAAUGAAAGGAACAUUAAAGGUUGCAUCUCCCAUCAUGGAUGAUAUCACAGUUCUUUUUGUACACAAAGGCAAAAGUACAAGUUUCAAGACAAAAGCAAAGAUUGGCUGGGGAAAGAAGGAGGAAAUUGAAGGAGACCUGACAUUCAACUUUAUAAAAAAUCUGAAGGCAGACGUUUCAAUAUCCACACCGUUCAAGAGCAUCAGAAAAAUGUCCGCUUUUGUAACACACGACGGGAAUUUACGGGACUUCAAAUGUCAGUCGGAAUUGAAAAUCGGGAAACAAGUUUGGGGUGCUAAUGUUAAAUCAACGGUUGAUCCAAAACUAGUAACAGAGCUUACUGUCAACACACCUCAUGACGGAUAUGAAAAGAUGAGAGCCGCCUUUACACACAAUGGUCAACUUUCUAACUUUAAAUGUCAUCUGGAAGUUUCAAAGAACAAAAAAGACAUUAUUGGUGACUUGCAAUUUACAUCUCAACCAUUGAUUCUAUCUGCAACUCUUCAAACACCGGUGAAAAAUUAUGGCAAUCUUAAGGCGUUACUCAGUCACGAUGGCCCACUAAGUAACUUCCGUACUCAAGCUGAAAUAACUUACUCUGAUUCUAAAACUAUAACACUAGAUGCAUUAGUCAGCACAAAUGACCGAUUAACUGUUUCUGUUGAUAUAAAGACGCCAUUCCAGGAAUAUGAAGAAAUGACAGCCAAACUUUCACACUCAGGAACUUCCAAUAAUUUUGCCUCACGACUAGAAACUCUCUUCCAGAAAAAAAGAAGUCAAUUUGACGUUUCGCAUAGUUUUGAGUCAUCACUCAACAACCAAGUUUCGUUAACAUAUGGAAGAAAAGAUAUUCUGAAUAGCAGAAUUUCGUAUCAAAACGAACCAAAAAUGAACGGAGAAGCUACCUUCAUAUCCUUAUUUACACCGGACAUGUCAAUAUCAUUUGAACAUAGCGGGAACCUUCGACGAUGCGUUUCAAACAUCAAAGGGGCAUAUGGAAAAGAAUCAGCUCAAGCAGAUCUUAAUUUUAGUACUGACGAAGACCUUUCAGUUCGACUAAACAUGAAAACACCAUUCGAUAUUUUAAGGUCAGGAGAACUCAAUAUUAACCAUAAAGGGCAACUAAAUGACUUCGAGAGCACAGCAGACAUAGACAUCAAUUCUCAAAAGACCAAUGGAAUAGUCAAAUUUUCAAGCAAUAAUGGAAUUCAAGGAAGAGCAACACUUACUACUCCAUACAAAAUGAUCCGUAGUGCAGAAAUGUCAUUUAAACAUUCUGGACAGCUGAGAGAUUUUGAAUGUUCAGGUGAAUAUGUACAAGAUGGAAAGAGAUCAGAAGGACAGCUAACACUGAGAACUUCUAGCGGUUUGAAUGCAAGGGCAUUCAUAAAAACGCCAUACUCUGAAGAUAUCACUCUUAAGGUAAAUCACGAAGGAGAACUAAGACGGUUCGUUUCUAAUGGGGAAUUAAGUUACGGUUACAAGACAGGGUCUGCCCAGGUAUCAGUGGAUGUGUUAAGAGAUAUUAGAAUGAACGGCUUCUUGAAAUCUCCCUUUUCCCGUGAUGUAGUCAUAAGUACUGAAACCACAGGAAAAUUGGUGGACUUUACAUCCGUAUCUCAGCUUACUUACAGUGGACAGAAACAACACGAACUUGAAAUUUCUUUCAAUGCUGAAGGCUCAAUCAAAGCAUGGAGAACACAUUUUGACGGUGCGUACAAUAAGAAAAAGGUUUCGGGAAAAUUUUCGUUCAGCGCACCAAAAGGAAUACAAGAAAGGAUUGAAGCAACUGGACACAUUGAAACGCCAAUAAGUGAACCAGUAUCAAUUUCACUUAUGUUCAACAACAACAAUGAACAAGGAAACACAUAUCGCUUCCAAACACAAGCUGAAUUAACAUACAGUGGUACCAAACAACAUGCAGUUCUUGCUAACUUUCAUCAUGCUGGCCCACUGAAAGCAUUUACAACCUCUGCUGAUGUGACAUACAACACAAAGAAAUCAGCUGUUCAAGUUAGUUUCGACUCAAAUGUGAACAUUGAAGGAAAAGCAACUCUAAAAACACCUUUCAUGGAUGACAUUGUUCUGUCUUUCGGUCACAAUGGACAUCCUUUGAACUUUAAAACUCAGGCUGGGCUUACAUACAGUGGUGCCCAACAACAUGCAGUCCUUGUUAACUUCAAACAUACUGGUGUACUGAAAGCAUUUACAACUUCUGCUGAUAUCACAUACAACACAAAAACAGCAUCUGUCCAAGUCAGUCUUGAAUCAAACUUGAAUAUUGAAGGAAAAGCAAUAGUAAAGACACCUUUCACAGAAGAUAUCGUUCUUUCAAUCGGCCACAGUGGACAACCUUUGAACUUUAAAACGCAGGCUGCUCUCACAUACAGUGGUCGCAAACAACAUGACAUUUCUGCUACCUUUAGUCACGAUGGAUCACUUAAGAAAUUUUCCACCAGCUCCAAUAUUGUUUACAAUACAAAGAGAGUUACUGGAUCAGUAUUAUUUGAUAGUACAAAUGGAGUCCAAUCAACAGUUUCAUUGAACACUCCUCUGACCAAACCCCUUCUUGCAUCAUUUUCACACAAUGGUCAAUUGGUUGAUUUUAAAAAUCAAUUUGAUGUGACGUAUGGAGGCUCUAGAAUGUAUGAAGUUAUUACAGAUUUCAAAUUUGAAGGCGAAUUAAAAAAAUUCCAGUCGUCGGGAUCACUUACUUACAACAGAAAAACAAUUUCGUGUGAUGUGAAUUUGGAUAUAUUGAACGAUCCAGAGGGAACAGUAACUUUAAGAACGCCUUUCACUGAUGAUAUAACAGUUUCUUUCUCUCACCAAGGGACUCUACAUAAUUUCAUCAGUCACGGAGAGAUCGGUUACAAUGGUAGAAAACAGCAUGAAGCCAAUAUUGUACUCCAGAAUGGUAAACAGAGAGUAUUUGUAGAAUUGUCAUACAAUACUAAGAUAGCAUCAGUAGAAGUAACAUUAGAAAAAUCUACAGGAAGAAAAGGCAGGAUUGAAAUAAAAAGUCCAUACACAAAAGAUUUUGAAAUGGAAGUAGAACAUAGAGGGGAAUUGUUGAACUUUAAUACGAAGGGAGAAAUAACCAUCAGCGGAAAGAAAGAACAUGAGGUUUAUGUUGCAUUUGAGCAUAAUGGAGACAUGAUAAAUUUCAGAACUUUCGGCGAAGCAUCUUAUAAUACCAAGAAAGUGUCAUCAGAACUACAAUUUGACUACACAGACGGUAUUAAGACAAAGGGUACUUUGAAAACUCCAUUUACCAACGACAUAGAAAUUAUAAUUGACCAUAAGGGCUCUGCUAGUAAUUUUAAGUCACAAGCUGAUAUUUCAUAUAGCGGAUCUAAACAACAUGAGGCCGUCAUAACAUUUGGAGGGUCUGGUAAACUACAGAAAUUCCAGUUAUCAGGAGAUGCUACAUAUAACGGAAAGAAAUUCACCACUUCAGCUAAAACCGACUUUACUAGUGGAAUUGAAUUAGAGGCACGUAUGUCAACACCAUUCACUGAUGAUAUGGAAAUCUUCCUUGACCAUGAAGGCACUUCAUCUGAGCUCAGAUCACAAGCUAGUGCAACCUACAGCGGAAGUAAACAACACGAAAUUAUUUCGACACUAAAACGUACUGGCACAUUAAAACAAUUCCACGUAUCUGGUGAAGUUCGAUACAAUGAUAAAAUAUCUGCUUUAACUGUCAAUAUGGACACUACCUCAAAAGUAUCUGCAAAUGUGGUCCUUCAAUCGCCAAUAUCUAAGGAUAUUCAGCUAGAAGUUUCCUUCGAUGGAAAAAUUGAAAACUUGAAAACUAAGGCUGGGCUUCAAUAUGGUGAAGAAAAACAUGAACUUUUAUCAAAUUUCAAUCUAGAUUUACCAAAUGGUUUAGAAAUAGAGAUUGACAUACAAUCACCUAUCAGAAACAUGAAAGCAUCAGUUUCUCACGAGUUCAGAGGUACUUUGAAAAACUUCCGUUCAAAUAUCAAAUUAACCCUAAAUGACAAAGAAAUCAACUCAAAAACUAAUUUUGAUAUUUCUAGUGGACUUGAUAUUACGUUGGAGACACCGUUUUCUGGAUAUGAAAGAAAUACAGCUCUACUUAAAUUUUCAAACGUGCAAUCUCUCAUUUCUGGAAAGGCAGUUACGAAAAUUGGAAAACAUAGAACUCAACUUAAUGGCAAAAUUGAUACAUCAAAUGGUUUAAAAAUCGAACUGUGUAUAAAAACACCACUAACUGAAGAUUUCGAGGUGAUUAUAAACGGAAAUGGAGGUCUGCAUGCGUUCAGAUACGAAUCUUCCAUUAGCUACGGAAAUGAAAAAGUGAGAGGAGAAGUAAACCAUGAGUGGUCCUCACAAGUAUUCAAAGGGAACAUGCUGCUAUCAACACCUAUUCUAGAAGACAUAAAAAUAGAGUAUGACGUAAAUGGAAAUCAAUAUUCAUUCGGAACAACAGUAAAGGCAUCCAUUGGUAAAUUGAAUGGAAUUGAAGAAAUUACCACCGUCAGACUAGGAGUAAAGUCGAUAGACUUCGUCACAACACUCAAAACCACUUUUUCUGGAAAUGUAAAAUCGUCUCAACUUAGAUUUUUACAUGAUGGUUACGUUUCAAAUUUUAAAACAAGCAUUGAGGCAAAAUAUGACGACCAGACAAUCAAAGCCGAUGCAUCCUAUAAACGUUAUCCAUCUAACGAGGGUUCAUUUACCUUAAAAACACCAUUUGAGAAACUAAGAGUUGUGAAUAUCAAGAUUGAACAAACUGGAUCUGUGAAGUCUUUCACAACAACCGGAAGUCUUCAAUAUGCACCCGACAGAAAACUUGAAGGUAGAUAUCGUCAUGAUUUCAAAGCAGACAGUCUCACUUCAUCUGCAUCUUUGGCGCUCAAUGGAAAUAGGCCUCUUAUCAACGGAAAUCUCAAGAUAACACAAGAAAUUGUCGAUAUUUCAUUGAAUACACCACAAAACAGAUAUUCCGUCAAUGCAGACAUGAAAAUGAAAGAUGACACCUACUCACUAUCCGGAAAUGCUGCAAUUGGAGAGAAAAAGAUAACUAUUGCCAUGGAAAAAACUCCAUCCUCAAUCAACAUAAAUCUUGAUACACCAAUCAAAGGAUACGAGAGAACACAGAUUAAAGCAUCUGUAUCAAGUAAGCCAUACCAUGCUGCACUGAAUAUACAGACAUCUUACCUACCUGAAAUUGACUAUUCGGUCAACGCAGACAUAAAAAUGAAAGAUGACACCUACUAUCUAUCCGGAAAUGCUGCAAUUGGAGAGAAAAAGAUAACUAUUGCCAUGGAAAAAACCCCAUCCUCAAUCAACAUAAAUCUUGAUACACCAAUCAAAGGAUAUGAGAGAACACAAAUUAAAGCAUCUGCCUCUAGAAAACCAUACCAUGCUGCACUGAAUAUACAAGCAUCAUACAUAUCUGAAAUUGACUUUGAUGCACGCCUUACCAGCCAAAGAUUCGAUGAAUUAGAUGGAUCUCUAACACUUAAAACUGGAUUAUAUAAUUUGCAAAAUAUACGGGUAUCCAUGAAAAAUGAAAAAAAUCUUGGAGAAUUGAAAUCUCACAUUGAAGCAUUUUUGACUAAGCGCAACGGAAUAACAAUUGAUGCUUCUCUCACGGAGACAGACAGUUCACUAUCAGUGUCUACUCCUUGGGAAGCACUCAGAACUGCUUAUGGAUAUUUAAAAUACGACUGGCGUAGCAAAACAAAUAAUUUGGUAGUAGCAACAAAUAUGAAAAUCAACAAAGAAACAUUGUACGAUGUUGAUUUUGAAAUGGAUGCUGAGAAAAGAAAGGAAAUAACACUUAUAAUUAAUGUCAAUGAACCAAAACAGAUGAGGUUUGAAUUAAAUAAACUGCUUUCCUCAGAAACUUACAUGCUUGUAAAUUGGAACAAGCAAGAUAGAGACAGCAGUUGCAGAAUGGAUGUUAAAUUCAAUUCAGAUUGGUCUGACAAAAAACAGAUUGCAAGCUAUCGAGGUGUAUGUGGGUCUAAAUCUUACAGCAUUGGAGCAUCGUAUCACCGUCCUGAUGAAUCGUCCACAAUGGUUCUAUUUAUAGAGAAAGAUGAUAUCAAAACACAUGGAAUAGAAACAAUAUUCGAAAAGAACGGACAAGCAAAAUACACUCUACAACUACCAUCUAGAACAGUUGUAUUGUCAACUGUAUCAUCAGGAUAUGGACUAAGCAGUCAAGUAUUUGAUUUCUCGUGGGAUGCAGAAAGAGACCAAAACAAAAGAGUAGUAAUUAAGACCAAAUCUGAUGAAGAUGAACUAACACUAGGUUUAGAAAUGCCAAGUCUCGGCAAGGAUCUUCAACUUGAUUACAAAAUGUUAAUUGGAAGUGGAAACGUUAUUUAUGAUGGCCGUACUGCAUUCAGAUACUCAAAAGAUUCUCGUAAAACUUUUACCUUGAGUUCAAAAUUAGAAGAUGUAUCAGGUCGUGGGGAGAAAUACAAGUUCUUACUUGGUAUCAGUCAUCCAUAUACUACAGUGGACAUCCAAACAAAAGCAGUUUUCGGAAAAUCUAAUGACAAACUCUCAGCUGAUUUUGAUAUCCAAUACCUGACUGCAAGACGUCAAAUAAAGAACAUCGCCUUAAUAACCGAGAUUGAUAAACUCAAACGUCAACUCAAUAUACAGGUUCGUUCUCCAAUCAAAACAAUGAAAAUAGAUGCUCGUGUUGAGACGUCACCUUUCAAACUGACAAUUAAAAAUCUUUAUGAUGAUAACAAACCAAUCAAUACAGAGCUGACAGUUAAUCCUAAUGAUGGCAGUCUGGAUUUUAACAUGAACUACGAUAUCAAAAACCCAGAUAAAACACUUCAUUUGAAUGCUAAAUUCUCAGACGAGAAAGGAAUAUCUGCAGAACUGUUCAGAGAUGUAAAUCAGAAGAAAACAGUAGACAGCUUGCUCAUUCUGCGAUUAAAGUCUUCUAAGAUUCUUCAUACACGUGUUCACUGGCGUCCAUCAAUUAUCAGUGAUCUCAAGGCUGAAAUAACAAAAAGAAUAGAAGAAUAUGGAAUACGAUCUGCUAUGGCCGUUGAAGAGUCUUCUGGUGAAAUAAGCAAAGAAAUAUCAUAUAAGAGACGAUUAUUCCAAGCUGCCUAUACAGAAGAAAUCAAGUCAUAUGCUGAUGCCAUCAAUGAUAAACUGUCUGAACUCAGAACAUUGAAAGCAAAAAAUGCCUUUUACCUUCAAGACAUUUGUAAUUCAGUUGAUACAACCAUGAACAGAAUCGGUGAAUUAUCGGAAGACUUAAAUGAAGCUUGGCGGAGAUGCCCAGUCAAACACACAAUUGAUGAAUAUAUGACCAGUCUUGAACAACUACAAAAGAGACUGGAUGCCUACUCAAAAGAUACUUAUAUAAGCAUGGGUGGCCAGUUGAACAGCAUUUCAACAAAUUCUUAUCAGAGAUUACUUGAUUACCAAAAUUAUGUUGGAAAUCACCCAACUGUUGUCAAUUUAAAAUCAAAAUAUAACUCUUAUAUGGAUCAGCUUAAAAAUAUGAAAUUAAAUGAGCAAUGGUCUAACGUUGCCAACCAGUAUACAUCAAGCAUAUAUAACAUCAGAGAGGGUAUCAACCAAAGACUUGUAAACUCGUUACCAACACCAAUGUACAACAUGGGAUCAUCUGCAUACAAAUACUGGGAAUUUGAAGAAAACGUAAAUGCACUAGUUGACAAAAUAUUUGAUGAAUUGAAAAAAGAUGCCACAAAGGAGAUGUCUGUUUUAAAAGAGAUUUUCGGAAAUGUACUCAAAUCCAAAGUUAUUAAAUACGAUUUACUAAAUGGAGAUAUUGAAGUAGAUUUGUACCUUCCCGUUGAUGUACACACUCUCAGCUCACUAAAAGACAUUUCUUUGAGACAAUACAUUCCAGAUAUGAGCUUUCCAACUCCAAAAGUAAAUUUCCUUGGAUCUGUGGAGGAUUACAUACCACACAUGUCCUGGACAGCAAGUGCAAAAGUACAUGGCCGACACUUUACAACUUUCGAUGGCCAAGAAUUUGACUUCAGUGGUCGAUGUAGCUACGUUCUUGCACGAGAUUUUGUGGACGGCAACUUCAGUAUCAUCAUGAACUAUUUGGGCAGACAAAAGAAGAAGUUAAUAUUGACUUCUCACCAACAAAAUGUUCAAUUAUCACCAAAUGGAAAGGUCAGCGUCGACGGUGUAGUUAUGGAUCUACCUUACAGAUCAUCAGAAUUUGCAGUUUUCUCUGAAGAUGAUAAGGUGGUCAUUGAGGGACGUGGAUUCCAAGUUAAAUCCGACCCAACUGUUAAUAUGGUCGACAUUGAUUUGAGCAAGUGGUACUUCGGUAAAACAGGAGGACUUCUUGGUACUCUGAACCAUGAACGUUUCGAUGAUAUGAUCAUGCCAAACAAACAAAUUACAUCCGACGCUUCCGCUCUAGGAAACGCAUGGCAGGUUCAAGAUAGAUGUUGAAUAAACAUUUCCUACUCUGAAUUACCAUGAAAAAGCAAACUGUGAUUACUAACUUUAAUUUAUAUUUUGGAUAUUGUUGUGAAACUUAUAAUGAAAUAAAACAAUUUUAAGCAUUGAA